AUGUCAUUCACUGGAACAUUGGACAAAUGCAAGGCUUGUGAUAAGACUGUUUAUGUGGUUGAGUUGCUUUCCCUUGAAGGCAAUCCUUACCAUAAGUCUUGCUUCAAAUGUAGCCACUGCAAAGGCACCCUUUCCAUGAGUAGCUACUCAUGGAUGGACGGUGUCCUGUAUUGCAAAACUCAUUUUGAGCAACUCUUCAAAGAAUCUGGAAAUUUCAGCAAGAAUUUUCAAACUUCCAAGCCUUCCGAGAAGCAAAAUGAUAUGCAAUCGAGGGCUCCUAGCAAACUGUCCUCCAUGUUCUCUGGAACUCAAGACAAAUGCUCGGCCUGCACGAAGACGGUUUAUCCAUUGGAGAAGGUGACUCUUGAGGGGGAAUGUUACCAUAAGAAUUGCUUCAGGUGUGCUCAUGGUGGGUGCAAUUUGACACACUCCUCUUAUGCUGCUCUUGAUGGAGUGUUGUACUGCAAGCAUCAUUUUGCUCAGCUCUUCAUGAUCAAGGGCAACUACAACCAUGUCCUUGAAGCUGCUGCAAACAAGAAGGCCACCACGCCGCCGCCCGAAUCAGUGGAGGAAGACGAGGCCAAGGGCGACGCCGAAGCUCAGUCCGAGGAAGGGGCUGGAGAAACUUAAAAUGCCUUCAUUCUGCUUCCAUGCACCAGAGUUUGGGAGUCCUUGGCUUUUCUUAUUUUUUGUUGUUGUUUGAGCUAUUUUUUUUCUAUCUUUUUUGCUUUCAAGGUUGGUUUGUAACCAAUUUGGUUUGUUUCAAGGCAAUUCAACACAUUAUUUCUAUGCCCCAUUGGAGCAUGGAAACACAAUGUACCAUAGUUUCUUUCGGUGAGAGGAGAAGCUGGAAUAAAGCACACUGAAUGCUAUACCAUUUCCAAUCACUAUUGGUCCCAAAUAUGUGUUCUCUUUCUCUUUUUCG